AUGGCGCAGCAACCGAUCAUGGGCCAGGGCGGGUACGCCCCCCCCGGCCAAAGCGCGCAACAGCAGCCGAUGACGGCGACGCGCCCCCCCGCGAAGCAAGGGAUGAUGAGCAAGGUCGCGACCGCCGCGGGCGGGGCGGCCGCGAAAGCCCUCGCGGGCACGCCCGCGGGACAGGUGGUGACCGCGGUGAUGCAGGAGAUCGCGCCGCCGCCGCCGCCGCCGACGUGCUGGUGCGGCUGCAAGGACGACCCGGAGAUGGACCCGUGCUGCAGGACGUGCGCGAAGAUCGCCGUCUUCCCCGCGGCGCUGCUCGCGUACAUUCCCGGCGCGAUGUGUUGGAGCGCGCUGCAGGCGUACUACUGCUGCUUCUCGUGCUGCCUCAUGCAGCACGUCACCGCGAUCGCCCGCGGCGGCGUCGCGCAGCAACGGGACACGUUCUCGUGCUGGGCGUGCCAGGCGAAGUGGUGGUACAAGUGCAACAAGUGCAACGGGAAGUGCUGGUUGUGCUCGUUGCCGGCUUCGAAACGCGUCCUUCGCGGGCACGUCGUCGAGGCGCCGUGCCAAGUCUGCCUGUGGGGGUCGACGCGAUGA